UGGUGCAGCGCCUCUCGGGCCCCGCGUGGGCUAGUGUUUACACGCGGGCCCCCUGGCGCACGCACGUGGCGUAGUGUGACGCCACACGCUGUCCCGGAAGUCGGCGCGGACCUGGGCGGCGGGUGGAAGCCGGUGCAAGAGUGGGAAUCGCAGCGCAGCCACCGCCGCCGCCUGGGCCAGGGUCGCCCGCCCGCCCGCCCGCCGGUCCGCGAUGGGCAGCGGGCCCUGAGCGCCCUCCCGCCGCAUCACCGUAGCGAACCUGUUGGCCGCGAUGGAGGCUCCUCCCGCCGACCGCGUUCCCGCCGAAGGCACCCCGCCGGCGGCCGUGGCGGAGGUGCGCUGCCCGGGUCCCGGUCCGCUACGCCUGCUCGAGUGGAGGGUGGCGGCGGGCGAGACCGUGCGCAUCGGCUCGGUGUUGGCUGUGUUCGAGGCCGCCGCCGCCUCCGCGCAGCCCUCCGGGCUCCCCCCUGUCCGCGCCGGCUCCGGGGGCUGCGUGCGCGCCGAGCGCAGGCUGAGGUCGGAGCGCGCCGGCGUGGUGCGGGAGCUGUGCGCACAGCCGGGCCAGGUGGUGGCUCCCGGAGCGGUUCUGGUGCGAGUCGAAGGAUGCAGCCACCCAGUCGUUAUGAAGGGUUUGUGCGCCGAGUGUGGCCAAGACCUGACUCAGCUGCAGAGCAAGAACGGGAGGCAGCAGAUGCCACUGUCCACAGCCACCGUGUCGAUGGUGCACAGUGUCCCGGAGCUGAUGGUGAGCUCCGAGCAAGCCGAGCAGCUAGGGAGGGAAGACCAGCAACGACUGCAUCGGAACAGGAAGCUGGUGCUCAUGGUCGACUUGGACCAGACCCUCAUCCACACCACCGAGCAGCAGUGCCAGCAGAUGUCAAACAAAGGCAUCCUACACUUCCAGCUGGGCCGGGGUGAGCCGAUGCUGCACACCCGCCUGCGUCCGCACUGCAGGGAGUUCCUGGAGAAGGUCGCCCGGCUGUACGAGCUGCACGUCUUCACCUUCGGCAGUCGGCUAUAUGCACACACGAUCGCAGGCUUUUUAGACCCUGAGAAGAAGCUUUUUUCUCACCGAAUAUUAUCGAGGGACGAGUGUAUCGACCCAUUUUCUAAAACAGGGAACCUCAGAAAUCUCUUUCCUUGUGGAGACUCAAUGGUUUGCAUUAUUGAUGACCGAGAAGAUGUCUGGAAGUUCGCCCCCAAUCUGAUCACCGUAAAGAAAUACGUCUACUUUCAGGGCACAGGGGACAUCAAUGCUCCCCCAGGGUCCCGGGAGCCUCCGGCGAGAAAGAAAGUGAAUUAUCCUCCCAAAGGUGCUGACAUCGCAGAUCAAGCUCCGUCCAUUAAGGACCCUGAGGAGGGAAGGCCAGUUUCUGCAAUCGAGCAGAGUAACGGCCUUGGGAAGCCCAUGAGGGAACUCAACGGGGACUGGGCCUCGCCUGCUGCCCGAGCCCCUUUGGUGGACGGUAGGGGGCCCCCAGUGUGUGUUCAGCAGCAGGGUCGGACCUCAGUGGAGAAGCAGCCCGCUCAGGGCACAGUAGGCAGUGACCUGGACUUUGACUUAUCCAGUGACACUGAGAGCAGCAGUGAGUCAGAGGGUCAGUCCUCCACCACCUCUGAUGGCGAAAGUGGGGAGAAGAAGAGCCAGAAGAAGCUUAAGGCUGCGCAGGACACCAGGAGAGCCAUGCAGCAGGGCGGCGCCCCGGGCCCGGGUGGGGAGAGGCCCACACGGCCGAAUCACUGUGGAGAGCCUGCGCCCGGAGUCCAACCUGAUCUGCAGGAGGAGGGCGAGCGAGACAGCUUCUGUGGGCUGGCGGGUGGCUCUGCCGACAAGAAGGAGGCCGAGACGGAGUCCCAGAACAGUGAGCAGUCAGGCAUCACGGUGGGCGAGUCCCUGGACCAGAGCGUGGAGGAGGAGGAGGACGACGAGGAGGAGGACGAUGAUGGCGAUGACCACCUGGUCCACCUGGAGGAGAUCCUCGCCCGCGUGCACUCUGACUACUACGCCAGGUACGACCGCUAUCUGCGCGGCGAGACCCAGGAGGCACCCGACAUACGGAAGAUCGUCCCUGAGCUCAAGAGCCGAGUACUGGCGGACGUUGCCAUAAUAUUCAGUGGGCUGUAUCCCACCAACUUCCCGGUGGAAAAGACGCGAGAGCACUACCAUGCCACGGCCCUCGGAGCCAAGAUCCUCACCCAGCUGGUGUUAGACCCUGACGCCCCUGACAGGGCCACCCACCUGAUUGCUGCAAAGGCAGGCACAGAGAAGGUGCGGCAGGCCCAGGCGUGCGGACAGCUGCACGUGGUGAACCCCGACUGGCUGUGGAGCUGCCUGGAGCGGUGGGACAAGGUGGAGGAGCAGCUCUUCCCACUGAGCGAGGACUACGGCAAAGUGCAGAGGGAGGACAGUCCCGCAGCCUUUCCCGACAGGCAGGGUGCGCUGCCAGCUGCCUUGUUCCAUCCGACACCCGUGCACCCCAAGGCCCAGCCCGGCCCCGAUGUCCGGAUCUACGAUGCCAGCACGGGCAAGCUCAUCCGGAAGGGCACCACCAGCCCCGGGCCCCCCGGCUCCCUGCAGAUCCACACGGGACACUCCUCUUUCAGAGCUGUUCAGCCUCAUCAGCAGCAGAUGUUUGGUGAAGAGCUGCCAGAUAAUCCUGAUGGAGAACAGCCUGGUCCUUCUAGAAGAAAGCGACAGCCCAGCAUGUCAGAGACCAUGCCGCUGUACACUCUGUGUAAGGAGGAUUUAGAGAGUAUGGACAAAGAGGUGGACGACAUCCUAGGAGAAGGCAGCGAUGACAGCGACAGCGAGAAGAAGAAGCCAGAGGAGCAGGAGGAGGAGCAGGAUGGGGCACCUCAGCCCAGGGAGCCCAAGGCCCCAGCAACCCAGAGGGGGCACACACUCCAGUCGAAGUCACCCAGCGAGAGGAGUGCACCGGAGACCCGGGGGCCCAGGGGCCACAAGAGGAAGCUGAACGACGAGGACGCGGCCAGCGAGUCCAGCAGGGAGUCCAGCUGUGAGGACGAGGAGGGGAGCAGCUCGGAGGCAGACGAGAUGGCGGCGGCGCUGGAGGCGGAGCUCGACCUCAUGUGACCUGCACAGCUCCCCAGGGUGGGCACACACGUCAUCUCCCCUCCUGUGACACCUCGACGUCCCGUGCUGGCCCUCACGUGGGGGUUCCUUCUCUCCAGGAAGACGUGUCUCUUUCGCAAAGCUCCACAUACAGAAACAUUUUGCAGAAAUGGGUGUUUUGAAAAGUUUUACUACCGGAAAGUCUACUUUUUUUCGUGACCGUGACAGGAAGCGUGGGCCAUGCCAAAGAUCUUGUGGAGCUCGGCCACGCAGGACUGUGGUUCCUGUCGUGUGUAGGGGCCUGGAGGGUGUUUUCCUUUAAAUUCCGCGGCAUACCAUUCAGGGCGAAGGCGGGGCUCCGACGAGACAGGCGUGGCGGGAACCUGGCGCCCUGUGCUUUUCACACUGAAGUUACCAGAUGUGCAGGGAUUUCUGAGAGGCCGUGUGCACAUGUGGCCAGGCCUGGGAGCCCCUCUGCGACCCUCAGGGCUCGUUUCUGAGCGACGCCGGGAUCCCUGGAACUUGUGUCCCUAUGUUUCCGGGACCAGGUUCCAACACAGUCCGGCGUCCGCUCCUGCUCCUCAGAUCUGAUGUAAAGUUUUGUAUAUUUCAUAUCUGACCCACCAAACAGGUCUCCUCCAUUUAAUAAAGUCCUUUUUGUAA